AUGGUUUUUUGGGGGGUCCAGAGGGUGACGGGCAGGCGUUUUGGGGGGCAGCACGGCGCCGCGAUGCCGUUCGGGGAGCGGGGCGGCGGCGACCUCUCGGUGAGCUCGGACUCGGAUAGCUCCCAGGCCAGCUCCAACGCCGGCAACCAGCCCAUGCUGUGGCCCGCCUGGGUGUACUGCACGCGGUACUCGGACCGGCCCUCCUCAGGUCCCCGCUCCCGCAAACCAAAGAAGAAGAACCCUAACAAGGAGGACAAGCGGCCUCGCACCGCCUUCACCGCCGAGCAGCUGCAGAGACUCAAGGCCGAGUUCCAGACGAACCGGUACCUGACGGAGCAGCGGCGGCAGAGCCUGGCCCAGGAGCUCGGGCUCAACGAGUCCCAGAUCAAAAUCUGGUUCCAGAACAAACGAGCCAAGAUCAAGAAGGCGACGGGCAGUAAGAACUCCCUGGCAGUGCACCUCAUGGCCCAGGGGCUCUACAACCACUCCACCACGGCGAAAGACGGCAAGUCGGACAGUGAAUAGCCAAGGGAAAGGGGGGUGGGAGGGAAGCG